AUGGCUCCCCGUAGUUACUCCAAGACCUACAAGGUCCCCAGGCGGCCAUUCGAGUCCGCUCGUCUGGACUCUGAAUUGAAGAUUGUCGGCGAGUACGGCCUGCGCAACAAGCGCGAGGUCUGGCGCGUGCAGCUCACGCUGUCGAAGAUCCGUCGUGCUGCCCGUCAGCUCCUCACCCUCGAUGAGAAAGACCCGAAGCGCCUUUUCGAAGGCAACGCCCUCAUCCGCCGUCUCGUCCGUGUCGGCGUCCUCGACGAGUCCCGCAUGAAGCUCGAUUACGUGCUCGCGCUCAAGGUCGAGGAUUUCUUGGAGCGCCGCCUCCAGACCUGCGUCUACAAGCUCGGUCUCGCGAAGAGCAUCCACCACGCCCGUGUCCUCAUCAGGCAGAGGCAUAUCCGUGUUGGCAAGCAGAUCGUCAACGUGCCGUCUUUCGUCGUCCGGCUCGACUCCCAGAAGCACAUCGACUUCGCGCUUACCUCGCCGUUCGGUGGUGGGCGUCCCGGCCGUGUGAGGAGGAAGAAGGCUAAGGCGGCGGAGAAGAAGGAUGAUGAGGGCGAGGAGGAGGAUGAAGAGUAG